GGAUGACGACCUGCCUCAGGUUGACCAGCACCACCGAUCGACAUGAUGGCCACUGCUUGAAUAGGGAAUACAGGUACCGGACUGGCUCCCCUAUACAACGCGAGUAUUCCGCUACUACUACUACUACUGUAUACUGUACUGCCCUGCCCUGCCCGUGUGCAUAGAUCGACCGAGGGAAGCUAGCUCUGCCACGGAGCAGAGGACGGAUCAGGAAGGUUGUUGUGAUACAAUGGCGUGGUCGGCGAGAGUACAAAACGGAGUCGUCUCCCAGGCGUAUCGUCUGCGAGACCACCUGAACAUCACCGACAACAUGCCUUCCAUUCGGACUGCCUCACGGGUGGCCCUCUCCGGGCUUGCUGCUGCUCAACACGUGCUGGGAUUCAUGCAGAGUCCAGUCGACAGAAGGUACUCUUUGGGAGCUUCCGCCACUUGCAACAGUCCACAGCUGUCUUGUCAGAACACCACCGCUCAGCCGAACCUGUGCUGCUUCAACGCUCCUGGAGGUGCCCUUCUGCAGACGCAGUUCUGGGACACAAACCCGGUCGUGGGCCCUUCUGACUCCUGGACAAUCCAUGGACUGUGGCCUGACAACUGCGAUGGCACAUACGAAGCUAGCUGUGACGACAAGCGUGCCUACACGAACAUUACCCAGAUCUUGAACGCAGCCGGCAAGCAAGAUCUUGUAGACUACAUGAGCACAUAUUGGCAAAGCAACUCCGGGUCUGCCGAGACCUUCUGGGAGCACGAAUGGGGCAAGCAUGGCACCUGCAUCUCCACGUUAGAACCAGACUGUUAUACCAACUACCAGCCUACCGAAGAAGUCCCUGAUUUCUUUCAAAAGGUUGUCGAUCUCUUCCAGGCUCUGCCAACCUAUGAAUGGCUCUCGGACGCUGGUAUCACUCCGUCCUCGACAGCAACCUACACACUGUCACAAAUCCAGCAGGCCCUAGCCAAGAACUUUGGCGGCAAGACUCCAUAUAUCGGCUGUGCUUCUGGAGCAAUGGACGAGGCCUGGUACUUUUACAACGUUCGCGGCUCUGUGCAGAGCGGCGAAUUCGUCCCAGCGGACUCGUUGACGAAAUCCAAUUGUCCAAGCACCGGCAUCAAGUACAAGCUCAAGAGUGGCGGAAGCUCGCCAACCUCGACCACCUCCGGUGGCUCCCAGCCCACAUCUACCUCAUCACCUGGCGAAGCCUUCUCCGGAUCUGGCUACCUCAACGUGGUGACCAGUGGCAGUCAAAAGGGCUGUAUCAUUUCCGCUGGUACGUGGUACACUUCGGGGACGUGUGCCACUUUCACAGCAGCAGCAUCCGGCAGUGGAUUCACUCUUCACUCAUCCAAGGGCAACUGCGGUAUCGUAUCAGGAGCUCUCAGCUGUGGAUCCGGUGUUUCCAGCACCGUUUUCACCGCCGAUGGCGAUUCUCUGCAGGCUAGCGGCUCCAGCACCUUUUCGUCCGACUCGGUAGCCAGUGGGAGUACACAAGUCAAAGUGUACAGUGGCAGCAGUCACUCGACGAGUCUGACGAUUGAAUGGCAGAGCAAAUAGACCUCGCGACAUGAUAUAGAGAGAGAUAGAGA